AUGAUGCAUUUGACCAUGAUCAGUUCAACACUACCUAACCAGAAAAGUAUUGACUUUGAGCUCAAUGGUGCUGAACCGGGAAAGACCACAGUUAUUGUCAAUACAGACAAUAACCAGACUGACACAACCAAUGCAUUUGUUCGCGUGAAUGUGGCCCGAAGUAAAGUGAUCGAUACGGUGGGGGUAGUGAUCGGUUGGAUAUACUUUGCGGCGUGGAGUAUAUCCUUUUACCCCCAGAUGUGGAUUAACUAUAAGCGCAAGUCUGUCGUUGGACUCAACUUUGACUACUUGGGCCUCAAUAUAACGGGAUUUUUGUUUUACUCGUUCUUCAAUUGCGGGCUAUUCUUCUCACCACUAAUUCAGGAUCAGUUCGAUGAGAAAUAUCCCAGAAGUGUAUUACCCGUCGAGACCAAUGAUGUAGUCUUUGCAUUGCACGCAGUCUUUGCUACUGUUAUAGUCAUUAUUCAAUGCUUUAUUUAUGAGAGAGGAGACCAAACGUUAUCUUUGUUUUCAAAAGGAUUUCUAGUCAUCGUGUGGUCGGCAUCCGUCAUAUUAGCCAUAUUAGUGCCGACCACUCAUUGGUUUAAUUGGUUGACGUUUCUGUACUACUUUUCCUAUGUUAAGUUAACCAUAACUAUAAUCAAAUACAUUCCUCAGGCGUGGUUUAACUAUAAACGACAGUCGACUAUAGGCUGGAGUAUUGGCAAUAUUUUACUCGACUUCACGGGUGGAUCACUAAGUCUUCUACAGAUGUUCUUAUUGGCUCAUAAUUACGACGAUUGGCUCCAAAUAUUCAAGAAUUUCACGAAAUUUGGUUUAGGAAUGGUUUCCAUACUAUUCGACGUCCUCUUCAUUGUUCAACACUAUGUCCUCUACAGACAUGCCGUUGACUCUGAGAGCACUCGACUCACAACUGGUCUCAAUGUAUGUGAUAUCGAUAGUAAAGAAGACGUUGUUAAACAAAUGUAAUGAUAGACUAUUCAAACACUUAGUAUUAUAUACAGUAUAUUAGACGAGCGCUUCCUUAACCGUACAGUACUUUUAAGAAUCAAAACUAAUUCUGGAU